AUAUGUCCCUGUUGCAAGCCAGCAGGAAAAAAGGAUGUCACUAUAAAAGGGCAACAUCCGUAUUGGGACAACAUUGUCCAGCCAUCCGUCCGGGGGAGACCACCACCAACCUGAAGAAUAAACGUAUAAAAUGGACUUCGUGCCGUUUACGUUAUUUUUCAUGGUUUCUCUGCUGAGCUUCCAAGUAAGUGUUGGAAAACCAGCGAUUACAAAAGAAAGCAAUAUAUGGCCUGAAACCUGCACAGGGAAAGCCAUUUGCGACGUGAGACCCGACGACUACCCCCCGGAAGAAACAUUGAUACAGCUGUAUGACAUUUACAAAGACAAGGCUCCAAAAUUAAAUCAAACUAGGGAUCGCCAAGGUCCAGGUGGAAGUGAUUGCAACCCUUAUGAUUAUUAUAUGGAAAAGUGUUACAUGAUCCUUGACGAGAAGAAAGAAAUAAGAUAUGCGCUCUAUAUUCCAGGACACUACACUGUUCCAAUUAACCUCAUAGAAUGUAAAAGAGAUGCGCCUAAUAAAUUUAGGCUAGAAAUUUCGAAGAGAAGUUGCAAGCAAAAUUACAGAGAUCAAGAUUUUUUCGUGCUGACCCACGAUAUGCAGGGACUGGAAACAGUAAAGUCAGCCGCAGGAAUACCUUCAAGUUGUAUAGCUGUUCAAGAUGAAGACUAUUAAAACCAAUGAUUUAACA